AUGGAAGACUACCCUCCCUUCCUGGGAGCAAACUCCCAGGAAGGGAGGAAGGUCCACCCUCCCUUCCUCCCAGUCACAGUAGAGAAAGAUGGGUCUAUACGGUUCUGUGUCAACUACCUCAAAAAGUUGUCACAGUUUGAUGCGUAUCCCAUGCCCCGGGCUAACAAGCUCCUGGACUGGUUAGGAAUGGCUCAGUUUUUCAGAGCACUGGUUUUCACCAAGGGCUACUGGAAGAUUCCUUUGUCUGUAGAGUCCAAGGAGAAAACCUUCUCCACUCCGUACAGUUUGUAUCAAUUCAUCAAACUUCCUUUCGGAUUGUUCGGAGCCCUCACCACAUUCCAGUGCCUCGUGGACCAUGUGCUACGGCCGCAUACUGCAUAUGCUGCAGCCUACCUGAAUGAUGCCAUCAUCCACUGUAACACCUGGGCAGAACAUGUGCAAUUUGACAAGGUGGCCAGAAUGCACAGAAAUUCACAUUUUACCUUUAAUCCAAAGGAAGGGAUUGACAACCCAGCUCUGGUCAUGACUGAUGAUCCUGAUCCAAGCGUGGAGCCGAGACUGUGCCACCUGAAGCGUUCAGAGGGCCAAAGCUUUGGCUUUCAUCUGUGUAUGUACAGCCAGGGUUUUGUGAUCACAGAUCUGGAUCCAUGGAGUCCUGCAGAGCACAGUGGCCUCAAGGAUGGAGAUCGAGUACUGGAGGUGAAUGAGGAAUAUGUGGUCAACAUGGAUUUUAACAGGGUUGUGAGACAGAUCCAGUCAUGCGGCUUACACCUAUUUCUUCUGGUGCUGAAGAGGGAAGAGUAUGAAUGGGCAGAGUCUAUGGGCGUGGACCUAAAAUUCCUGGCCAAAGCCACCAAAGGGGAUCACUGGUCUCGACCCAGGCUAUGUCAUAUUCAAAAACACCCAAAGCAUGGCCUAGGAAUGACUAUUGUCUCAGUCGAUGGUGAAAAGAAUCAAUAUAUGGUGAGAACAGUUAUUGAUGGUCCAGCAGAGAAAGCGGGUAUCUUCAGUGGUGACAGACUGAUCUGGAUUAAUGGACUGAUGGUGUCCACUCUCAGAUACUCAGCUCUCAUCAGAACUGUGAAGAAGAGUGGGGAUUCAGUGACAGUGCUUGUUAUUGACAGUGACAGUGAGUCAUGCUAUAUCAGAAGGAAAAUGCCCAUCAUGCCUGUGGUGGCACAAAGCUGCAGCUUCCCCCACAAUGCUAAGACCAUGAAUCUGGCAAAGGGAAGUGAUGGAUAUGGCUUCCUGUUGAGACAAGAAAAGCUGGCAAGCACACAACAAAAAGUUCAUGUGCUGAGAGAAGUGGAUGUGGGGAGUCCAGCUGAGGGUGCAGGAAUGGAGGAUGGAGACCUGCUGCUAGCUGUCAAUGGGGAACCUAUUGAGUCCAUGGAGCAUGAAGACAUUGUUAGAAAGAUUAGACAGAGUGGUGAUAAAGUCUCGCUUACAGCUAUAUCUAUUCCAGGAAGAGACUUUUACAGAGAGUUGGGCAUUUCUCCUCUGUUAUUCCAUGAAGACUGUUCUCACCACUGCAUUAAGAACUGGGAGGAUGCUCCUCUAAGAAAACCCACAAAGUAUAAUCAGGACAGAGAGGAGGCUGACUCUGGUUUCCACUCAGGUUGUGUCCCAGAAAUGCCAGAAACCGUAAGGAUACAGGUUCCGGGAGAGGCCAUGGGUUAA